AUGGACGAACCAGAACAAGCCAAUACAUUACAAUCUCUAGCAUUAAAAACACUCAAUUCCGAUCGAAAACAUCCUGUUUACUACCACACGUUUAGUAGCGGAGUGGACGAACUUCAGGCAUCAUUGCUCAAACAUUAUGAUGCAGAGCAACGAGUAUUACCGUGGCGAGUGCCCAGUGGAUCGAAGGCAGACCAUAGAUCGACGGAUGAACAGUUUAAUUCGCAACGUGCCUAUGAAGUUUGGAUCUCAGAGGUUUUUCGUCAACAACAUCUUAACAAUGAAUCUUCAUCGCUUACGCCUGUCUCAAUCCAGAUCAUGCUUCAACAAACAAAAGUCGAUACGGUGAUUGCCUACUAUGAGAAAUGGAUGGCUAAAUGGCCAACGCUAGUUGAUCUUGCCAAAGCGACACUAGAAGAAGUGAAUCAAGUCUGGACUGGACUUGGUUAUUACUCUAGAGCACGAAGAAUUCUGGAAGCUGCUCAACUCGUCACUGAGAAAUUCAAUGGGGAAUUGCCGAGAACGGCUGAAGAGCUAGAAAAAGAGAUACCUGGCGUUGGGCCGUAUACAGCUGGUGCAAUCGCGUCUAUCGCAUACAAUCAACCUUCACCUCUCGUCGAUGGAAAUGUCAUUCGAGUAUUAUCACGACUACGAGCCAUCAGUGCAGAUCCGAAAUCCAAACCCGCUGUAGAUCUUCAUUGGUCGCUAGCUCGAACCAUACUCAGUAAAAGUAGACCUGGACACUUCAAUCAAGCUUUAAUGGAUUUAGGUGCAACUAUAUGUACGCCCACGAGUCCCAGUUGUACUGCUUGUCCCAUCAGCGAUCAUUGUUUGGCACUUGCUGAGCUAAAGGCACACAAAGUCGCUGCUGCAUCCAAGUUUUCUGGAAAUGGCGCUGCAGAGACAUGGGAGUUGGAGGCAGAUGCAGCUUGUGAGAUAUGUCUCCCGUUUGAAGAUAUUGAGGAUUUCAAUCCUUCGAGAUAUCCGUUGAAAAUUAAGAAGAAGGCUGCUAGACAAGAAGAACGAGUCACAUGCGUACUAGAACACAGACCUGCUGAUGGCGGUGAGUCGAAGUAUCUGGUAGUCCAAAAUCCAAAGAAAGGAAUGCUCGCAAACCUCUGGGACUUCCCAUCACAUCCCCUCCCAGAAUCGUCACCCAAAGAGCAACAUCCCGACACUAUCACCGCACUACUCGCAUCAUACACAACAUCAACCCCAUACACAUCACAGAAAUCAAUCGGACUUGUAAUGCACAAGUUCAGUCAUGUCCAUUGGUCUAUGAAUGUAUAUCAUUGGGUAAUUGCCACUGACGAGAUUCCAGAAUUGGAUACGUCAAAAAGCAAUGUCGCAUGGUGGACUAAGACGGAGGUGGCAUCUGAUGCAUCGGCUGUGCCAAAGACGUUGAGGAAGGUGUGGGAUGCGGUUUGUGGUGUCAAGAAGGGGAAACGUAAAGCUGAUGACGAGGAGGAGGAUUCAGAUGAUGGUGAUGAGGGGGAAGAUGCAGAGACAAAGACUCCUAAGAAGAAGGCUAAAAAGACUUCAGUUAAAUCUAAAACGCCGUCAAACCAAAAGAGUAUUACAUCCUUCUUCAAGAAACCACCAGCUCAAGACGCAAAGUGA